GUGUGUGCUCACUUGUGUCACUAUCGUUUGAAAUGGCACCCUGGUGUUCAAAGUCGAAUCGGGCGGCCCAAAGUGAGCGUCUCCUAAAUCUAACAUGUCAUGUGCAAUUGCACUUACGUGUGAGUGAGAGUUUUAAGAGGCGAGUGACGGAGAAAGAGGGACAAAGAGAAAGAGAUGGUUGGAUAGAAGAGAAGGGCACUUAGCAAGGAAGCUAAUUGAGGCAGAGAACUAAAAAAUAUCAACUCUUGACACUUAUCAAAAACGCUUUUGGAUGAAGGACGCAAAUUCCAAACCCUGGAUGGAAACAUUAAAAGCUAUCUGCAUUGCAGAUGAAGGAAGCCAGGAAAGCUGUGCGUGUGUUUCCAGAAACUUCCAUUCAGUUUUACAGACGGUGACCUUUGAUAGACCAACAGGACAUUUUAAGCUAUUUUCUGUGAAGAUUUGGAUAAUGGCAUUGUUUAAGACUCAUGUAUUGACAUCUCUAAGGACUAAUCAACCAUGUCUACAACUCUGUUGAUGUUUUAAGUGAAAAAAGAGGAGCCUGAGCAUUGCCUUUUUACCCAUUUACAACUGCACCUUAGACUAGCUGGAAUUUUAAAGGGAUGGUCACCCCCAGUGCCCACUAAAGCACUCGGAAUUUUUUUGUUUGGCCUUUCCGGCUGAGUGCCAUUCUGUGGAUCAUGAGCUUGGUGCCCAAUGCCAGCAUCUCUGUCCCUUCCCACUCGGGCACCAGUGGAACAGGAAGUGGCACAAGUGGAGGUGGAACAGGAACCGUGUGGGUAACCCCUCUUCUCGGUGCUACCUUGAUCACCAUGUGCAUCCUUGGCGUGGCGGGAAAUGUUUACACGCUAGGUGUGAUGCGCUCUGCAGUUUUACGCCGCUCUGGAUCCAUGUAUGUUUUCAUUGUCAAUCUGGCGGCAGCUGACCUGCUCUACUUGGGCACCAUACCGUUUGUGGUAUGCACGUAUUUUGUCCAUGAUUGGCUCUUUGGUGAGACAGGUUGUCGGGUUCUGCUUAGCCUUGACCUGCUCACCAUGCAUGCCAGUGUCUUUGCCCUUGUGGCCAUGAGCCUGGAACGUUAUCGUGCUGUGGCAUCACCAUUCCGUGCCCGUCGCUCUGCCACUGACUCCGCCCGACGCCACUGGCUAGCAGCUCUUGCCAUCUGGGGUGCUGCCUUGGCACUCACACUACCCAUGAUGGUGAUGAUCAGGCUGCGAGAGGGACGUCCAGGAGCCUCCGGUCUCGUCAAGCGCAUCUGCUUCCCCACAUGGACGCCUGAGGCCUUCAAAACCUACCUCACUGUUCUUUUCUUCACUAGCAUGUUGGUGCCAGGGCUAGUCAUGGUGGUGCUGUAUAUAGGGUUGGCACGACACUACUGGAUAGCGCAGUCCAACCUCACACGUGGAGGAGCAGGAAACAAGAGCAGCAUCUGUCUUUCCACCUCUUCUUGCCCGUCUAGGCGGAAAAGGCUUAAGCACAAAGUGGUCUGCAUGAUCUUCAGCAUUGUGGUGGCCUAUUGGGCAUGCUUCCUGCCCUUUUGGGGCUGGCAGAUGGCCAAACUGUUCUCAGCUGAAUCCCUGCGCUCAUUGACACCUGCCACGCACACGUAUGUCAACUUCUUUGUUACGUGCCUUACAUACGGCAACAGUUGUGUGAACCCGCUGCUCUACACAUUGCUCACCCGCAACUAUAAAGACUACCUGGCGCAAAGGGGACAGGCCUCAGGCUCCAGCCGUAUCGACCAGGGUUCAGGGUCAGGGAUCAACGAUCUGUAGAUGAAAUUAUCGAUGAGGUGAAUGGCUGACAUAGAUAAUGUCUUCCUAUCAUUAUACUACAACCACAUUUGGUUAUAUCUCAUAUUCCCAACCCUGGUCCUGGAAUACCCUGUCCUGCAUAUUUUUAGUGUUGUCACCAAAGACUCUUUCACGCAACCUUCAACUCAGGAAAGGUUGUUAUUAGCUGAAUAGGUGUGUUGGACACAAGGACAACACUAAAAUGUACUACAGGACCAAGGGGUACUCCAAGACCAGGGUUUGGAACCUGUGGGUUAUAUUUGUAUAUAGCAGUACUUAUGAACACUGGUCCUGGAGUCUACUUGAUCUGAAUUGUUUUGCCUGCUCGAGCUCACCUAAUCUGGCUAAUACCCUAAUUAACAGGCCUGUUAUGAGUGUGUGUUUAAUGCAGGAGUAUUCAAGUCGUAUGAAGUCAGGAACACUUGUAUUGUCAUGCCAUCCAUGUACAUACAUACAUACAGAAGAAUGAAAUGUUGUUCACCCAAGACCAGAGCUCAACACAAUACAAGGGUACCAAAGGCUGUGAUUGGGAACCACUGCUACAUAGAUUAUGCAAUGAACUACCAGAUCACUUUGAAUCAGUCUGACAUUUUUUACAAAUGCUGGUAUGUGAUGGACAUCCAAUGUGAUGGACAGCUGAUGAUUUAGAUAAGUUGCUUGCUACAACCUUCUGAACAUAAAGUAUGACAUGGAUUCAGCUUAAUUUGUGACGUGGACCAUCUUUAGUGCUUUGUUUGUAUUUAAGCUAGAUUAUGUCUUCAUUACAUUUGAUAUCCUGAACAAUGUUAGCACAUCUGGCUUCUAAAGGUGUGUUUUGCUGUGAAAUUUCUUUAGCGAUAUUCUAAAGAUCUCUAAAGAUAAAAUAAACAUAUCAAGCUCUUAUCACCUUGAUCAACUCAUCAGUGGUUCUUUCAGUAGUGCAAAUUGAUAUGACGAUGAACACACACUGAAAUGCACGUAUCUGUGUACGUAUCUAACAAUUAAUGCAAAUUGAAAUGAAUAUGUGUGUUAUUGUGUGUAGUCGUGUAUAAUUCCAGGUUGGACAUGUCUGUACUGUUGCCUUACACUCUGGAAUGUUUCUCCAGGUCGAUAAAUUCCUCACUCUGGGCCACAGGCCUUUUCGAGCAGCAACGCAAAUUAUUCCUACUCAGCUGUGAGAGCAGAUAAUAAUGCUGACAAUACAGAUGACCUGAACAAUGCUCGAUGAACCAUAUGACCUUGGUGGUAGCAACAUCGAUGAGAUUCGUUGAACGGGAAUCAUUUAAAUCAAUAAAAGCUGGCAUGUGUAGAUAGCUGUAGCUGUAGAUAAGCAUGACUAUUUUGGAACCAUAAAACAAACUGAAGUAUUGAUGUGGUGCGAACUUAAUGGUGAUAACUGAUGAGCCACUGUUCCAAAGCUGAUAAUGGCUCUACAUUGUAAAGUGCCCUUGAAAGCCAAGUUAAACUUACCACUAAGUUGUACUGUUACGUGUUUGUUUCCUAAUGCUAGAUCUGUAAAUGCGAAGCAACUGAUGGAUCUGGUUUGUAACUCAAAUUUGCCAAGUUUGUGUAAGAAAUGAAGCAUGGUGGCUAUUUAAAACCAAUCUAAUGGUCAAGCAGUAUUUCCUAGUACUGUUCUUUCUUAAAAUCCUAAAUUGCCCUAUAAAUGAUUGUAUAUUAUUACAAAUAUUGUCAAAAACAUAAGGAAUAAAACAUAGUGGGGUGCUGUUUUAGAGAAAAAAAAAUCAACAAUGCUGUGGUUUGAUGUGUUACCACCCCAAACUACAUCCUCAAGUGUUUUAUUCCUCGUAUACCACAGCAAUUUGCUAACCAUAACAUUUUUUUAUUUAUUAAAGAAUGGCAUAUUGUACUUUUUAUCCAUUUAUAUUUACAUUUAAAUGGGGAGUUCACCUUUUUUCACAUUUGACCCUCUCUAAGCACUUUUAGACACCUCAGGCAUUUUUUAUAUUAAAUGCUUAAAAAAAAAUUGUUAAAACUAAUUAAAAUAACACUGCCCACCUACUCCCAGUCUUUGCAUGCUUGAAUCAUAGGAAUGUAUUCAUCCGCUGUGUCGGGGGCACUUCCUGGAUGUGUGUUCCUGCCUGCGUAGCUACUGUAGCCAAAAUAAAAUCGGCUUUGAGCGUGUUCCCCUGACACAGUUUCUUUUAUUGAAACCAAUCAAAAACUGGAGUGGUUUGUCCUGCCUUCAACACCCAGAAACUUCAAACAUCAGAGAAGAGUAUAGAUUGACUCAUGAUGGAAUACACUGACCAUCAGUUUUGUUUUGUUUUGUUUUAUGUCUUAUAUCUUGUUUUGUUUUAUAUGUUUUGUAUGUUUUUAUGUCUUGUUUUGUACGUUUUGAGGAAAUUUACAACUCAAUUAGAAUAUUUAGAGUCCUAAACUCGUCUGAUUCUAAUUUAUUUUGCUAAACAGUCAUUCAUGGAGAAAGAACAAAAAAUUGUUAGAACAUAAAAACUAUCUGAGGUGACUAGAAAUCGCUGAAUAAAUAUGGAGAACUGCUGAAAUGUGAAAAAAGGUGGAAUUCUCCGUUAAUGUUGUGGAAUGUCCUGUGGAAUGUCCUGUUUUAUUCCUGUUAUCACUUAUGUUAUAACAGUCGCAGCUGACACUAGAGAAUCUUUCCAAAAAUGCUAAAUAAAUGUCUUCUUAUAGAAAAUCAAGAUCCUGUUAGGUGUUACUCUGGAAACAAUAACAUGUUGGAAUGAGCACAUUAAUACAAACAUGUGAUUCACUCUACAUACUAUACUAUACUAAUUUCGACACCACCCGUGGAAAACCUUGUACCGGGCAACACUGAACUGAACUGUAGGUGGAUUCUCUACAAGUGGGUCCUCUUUUGUGUCCCACUUCUAUGUAAUAUGUCUUUUGCAUACCCGCACCAUCAGGAUUUGAUAAAUUGACCUUUUGAACUGUUCUUUUAUUAUUCAAGUUGCUGGAUGUCUUUCUGAAACCCUUGAUCUGGUUCUAUAUUGUACAGAAGAGCAGGUUUCCCAGCAGUUGAACUAACCUAAUAUACUAGAAGUUUACUUUUCCUUCCCCUAUUUCAUUUUCAUUUACUGUACUGGUGUGAAGUCAGCACAGUGAUUGAGUGUACACUCCACAGUCAGCUUUUUUCCCCUCUAUGCCAAGGCAGUGAGGUCAGCAGGAAGAUUGAGUGCUUGAUGCAGUGUAAAUUACUAUAGACUCGGGACUUGGCAAACUUUGAGGUUAACACUUAUGGUCCAUUCCAAUACACACACACUAUUCACUACUAUAGAUGUCAGCAGUGGGGGUAGCAUGUGUCUGUGUGAGUGUGUGUAUGUGGAUCUGCAGAAAAAUUUUGUGGACACUUGACCAUUACACCCAUAUGAACAUCCCGUUCCAGAUUUAGUCCCCCUUUACUGUUAUAACAACCUCCACUUUUCUGGGAAAGCUUUCCACUAGAUUUUGGAGAGUGGUUUUUUCCAAUUCAGCCACAAGAGCAUUAGUGAGAUCGGGCACUGAUGUUGGGAGAGAAGAUUUGGUGCACAGUCCUCGUUCUAAUUUAUCCCAAAGGUGUUGAUGUCGAGGCUCUCUGCAGGCUACUCAAGUUCUUCCACUCCAACCUUGGCAAACCAUGUCUUCAUGAAGCUCAUGUUCUCCAUAGGGAACAGGUUUGGGCCUCUUAGUUCCAGUGAAGGGAAAUUGUAAUGCUACAGAAUAUAUAAUGCAUACAAUGACAUCCUAUACCAUUGUGUGCUUCCAACUUCGUGGCAACAGUUUGGGGAAGAACCACAUAUGGGUGUGAUGGUCAGGUGUCCACAAACUUUUGCCUGUAUAGUGUAUUAUAUAGGCAUUUUAAAACAUUACACAUUAGAAGAGACUUAGGUACAAAAGUUAUGUCAAUAUUUAUACGGAUAUUCAGAGAUGGGUUUCACACAUGCUUAAGUCAAUUUUCUGGGUUCCCCAGAAAUGUAGUUCACAUCUCCGAGGUUUCUAGAUCUUUCUUGAGUAGAAGCAUCUAAUACAGGAACAAAAGCAUCUAGUCCACCACCUUUAAACACUUUACAACUAAGCCCCAAAUAAUAAGGGGAUAGAAAAUGUGGACUGAUGAAGCAAUUGCAUUUUACUUUUCUUUCUUUUUUUUUUUUUUCCCCGCAAACCUGACCGUUAAGGUGUUGUUCAAGUUGGUCAUUGUGAACUUUUAUUUAUGGAUGGUGUGAACAUUGCUUUAUGCACUUGUUGGCUUAUUGGGUUUGUUGUUCAAAAAAUCAUCAAUUAAUAUAUUAAGUGUUAGUUACUAUCCAUA